AUGUUCUCUUCCUCUAAGCCGUGCGGGCAGCCACCACCAAAAAGAGCAGGGCAGAUGGCAGCUCACCGACCCCAUCCUCCUGCUAUCACAGCCGAUCGCCCACCAGGCGCAUUGCUAGUUACACUGUUGACUUUUAAUGGAUCAUUGGGCGUACUGGAUUCCUUCGAGUUCGAACCCGAACCCGGUAUCGUCAUUCACGCGAAGGGCGAUGUGCGCAAUGGUUUCCAGCUUGAGAUCAAGCGCAAUCACAACCUACUUGAAGACGAUCCUAGACCCUCAAAGCAAAUACCCUUACAAUGGGUUGGCGAGAGUUGGAUCAAUGAGCCAGCAAUGCUGAACCACGGUAUCGUCAAGAUCGACUCCGCACCGUGCUGCCCUUUAGAGGAUAGUCUUUUCAAAAUCCCAGCACCUGAAAAGACCUUGAGAGCUGCUCAUAACAUGGAUGGCUCUGCCCCUGGCAAGAUCACGCAGAGAGACUGCCAAACGUGGAUUGUGGAAUCGACAGAUCAAGCUGUGAGAGAUGGUGCCUUUACGGAGAGCGUUGCUGCGUAUCUUUAUGCUAUUAAACAAUAA